AUGGUUUUUAAGUCUGGCAUCGGCAUUGACCUCGCAAAACAUCUACACUCUAAAGGAUGGAAGGUAGCGCUCGUUGGCCGUAACAAGGAAGCUGGACUCCGCAUCGUCUCCGAGAUAGAAGACCCUAAGAAUGCGCGUUUCUUCCAGACGGAUGUGGCCAGCUAUGAUUCCCAGGCAUCCAUGUUCUUCAUCUACAUCUACUCGCACAGGGACAAAGCGGUGGAAGACAUCCCUCCAGGUCCGGACCUGUCUUGCACCGACAUCAAUUACAAAGGUGUCAUUUAUGGUGUGCAGCUGGCGACCCAUUUCAUGAGGAAUAAUCAACCCCAGGCCGGCGGAAAGAUCAUCGUCAACGGCAGUAUUGGAGGCAUUUUCCCCCACAGGGUCUUUCCAGAGUAUUGCGGUACGAAAGCAGGCGUCAUUCAAUUUGUGCGAGGUGUCGCACCACUUCUGAAGGCCAAGGAGAACAUUCUGAUCAAUACCGUCCUAUCCGGUGCGGUCGCCACACCCAUAGUACCACAGGGACUGAUGGACGCCAUCUCGGAAGAAUGCCUCACGCCAGUCUCCACGGUUCUAGAGGCUCAUGACAAGUUCAUCGAUGAUGACACGGGGGUGAUCGGCAAAGCUUUGGAGGCAUCAGCAAAAGAUCUCAUCUUCUAUGAAGCCCCAGAGUACGGCAACGGCUACAAGACGAAGAGAGCCGUGCCAGUAUGGGAGCCACAUUUCAGAGCCAUGCAUGGCGAGGACUCGAAGUUGGAUGAUGCUGUUGCAUAG